AUGUUUACCAUCCGAGCCCCAGCGUCUGCUCGAACUGCUGCGACAAUACCAUCAAACAUCGACGCCUUCUUCGCCACGACUACCGUACCUGGUGACGGCCACACAACGGAUGAUUGCCUGGCCUAUUCGCGCCUACAAUCCUACCACGACCUAUUUUACCACUCCCGCAACACCAGACCUGGAUAUCAAACCCGACUACUUAGAUUGCCAGACCUAUUGACGCCUACUUUGACCGUUUACACUUCUACUACGACCUCUUCUGCCACUUCCGCAACACUAGGCAUAGAUGCCAAUCACGAAAGUUAA